AGUGUUGAACUAAUUUAUAUGCCACCGUCGUAUGAGAUAGCAGCUCUGAUACAAAAAUGCACCUCCGUAACCUCGCCGAAACAAGCGCGGCAGCUCCACGCUCUCCUCCUUACCACGACCACCGUCGGCUCGCGCUCGCCGUACCUGUACAACAAUGUCAUAUCCAUGUACUGGCGAUGUGGAUCGCUUGGGGACUCGCGGAAGGUGUUUGACAAAAUGCCUCAACGAAAUCUGGUUUCAUUCAAUACGCUCAUUGCGGCCUAUUCCCGGGACUCAAACAGUGCGAUUUUGGCUUGUGAGCUAUUUAACGAAAUGGGAGUUGAAUGUCUUAGGCCAAAUGGUUCGACUUUCACGAGCUUACUGCAGGCGUUUUAUACUCUUGAGGAUUGGUUGGUUGGCUCUUUGAUUCAUGCCCAAGUUCUGAAGUUUGGGUUCUUGAGUGAUGUUUGUCUUCAAACUGCUUUACUUGGGAUGUACUCCAACUGUAGGGAUUUGGAAUCCGCGAGGAAAGUUUUUGGCGGGAUGGUUGAUAAAGAUGUUGUUGCUUGGAAUUCAAUGAUUUUUGGGAAUUUGAAGAAUGAUGAGACAGCGGAAGGGCUUUCUCUCUUUGAUGGCAUGUUGAGGACUGGAAUUGUUCCUACUCAAUUCACAUAUUCAAUGGUCUUGACUGCUUGCAGCAGAUUUAGAUAUUUUUAUCUGGGGAAACUCAUCCAUGCCAGAGUCAUAGUUUCAAAAACGCUAGCUGAUUUAGCUUUGCAGAAUUCCUUGCUUGAUAUGUAUUGCAAUUCUGGUGACACCCGAGUAGCAUUUGGCGUGUUUAAGGGAAUGUGCAACCCGGAUUUGGUCUCUUGGAACACAAUGAUUUCUGGGUGUUCGGAACAUGGUGAUGGUGAGAAGGCCAUGAAUUUAUUUGUCCAGUUGAAGAAAACGUCGUUUCUUAAACCAGAUGAGUAUACUUUUGCAGCCAUCAUAUCCGCAACAGGCACAGAUCUAGUUUCCAACUAUGGCAAGUCACUUCACGGACAGGUCACAAAAGCAGGAUUUGAGAAGAGCAUUUUUGUAGGAACUACACUAGUGUCUAUGUAUUUUCGAAAGGCUGAAUCAGAUGAUGCUCAGAAGGUGCUUUAUUCCAUCAAUAAGAAGGAUGUUGUUCUAUGGACUGAGAUGAUCAUGGGUUUUUCGAGAUUGGCUGAUGGGGAGAGUGCAAUUAAGUUCUUUUAUGAAAUGUGCCAGGAAGGCUAUGAGAUUGACAGCUUUGCUCUCAGUGGAGUGUUGAGUGCUUGUUCCGACCUUGCCAUGCUAAAACAAGGUGAGAUGAUUCACUCAUGGGCCGUAAAAACUGGGCACGAUGUUGAAAUGUCAGUUUGCGGGAGUCUUGUAGAUAUGUAUGCAAAAAAUGGUAGCCUUGAAGCUGCUUGUUCUAUAUUUUCCCAAGUUUCGGACCCUGAUUUGAAAUGCUGGAACUCAAUGCUCGGAGGAUAUAGUCAUCACGGCAUGGCAGAGGAAGCAUUGAAGCUGUUUUUCAAGAUAGAAAAACACGGUCUGAGACCAGACCAAGUAACAUUUCUGUCUCUACUCUCAGCUUGCAACCACAGUGGUUUGACUGAAGUAGGAAAGUUUUUGUGGAGAUGCAUGAAGGAAAACGGUAUCACACCUGGGCCUAAGCACUACUCUUGUAUGGUGAGUUUGUUAAGCCGAGCUCGGUUGUUGGAUGAGGCAGAGGAGCUUAUCAUCAGUUCACCGUUUAAUGAAAAUCUUGAACUGUGGAGAACUUUGCUGAGCUCGUGCGUCGUCAAUAAAAAUUUGAAAACAGGAGUUCAUGCAGCACAGCAGGUUUUAAGUUUGGACUCAGAAGACAGUGCAACGCAUAUUUUGCUGUCAAAUCUCUAUGCUGCUGCAGGAAAAUGGGAUAGUGUUGUCGAAACAAGGAGAAAGAUUAGGGUACUGACGUCAGAAAAGGAUCCUGGACUAAGCUGGAUUGAAGAUAGGAGUAAUAUUCAGGUAUUCUGUUCCGGCGUUCGAUCAGAACAGGAGGUAGGUGAAGCCGAAGCUGCAUUACAUUCGUUACAAGGAAGCAUGGUAAGAUUACAAACAGAUGAAUUUGAUGAACCGAUUUAUAAUUUACAUGAAAUGUAGGACUUUGAAACAUCAUUACUUGGAAGUUUAUUGAAACAAUACAA